AAAGGCGAAAGAACUGGCGUCGCUGGGACCGCGGCAAGAAGGAAGACUUCAGAGAACAGGAACACUGGGAAUCAGAUAGCCGGCUGUCCCAGUCCUGUUGCAUCAUGGGAAAUAUCACCAGUAGGAACGGCCACCAAGCUACAGGGUCGUAUUUGGAUUUAUUCCACACCCCCCCGACAUCCCCGAUUCUUCCAGACCUCCCCAGGAUGCCUCUCUCUCCUUCCUCGGAUCCAGCGCAGAACGACGGGACGACGGCUGGCCUGGCAAGGAGGCCUGGAAUUCCGGAGGACUCUGCAGAAGAAGGGAAAUCCUCUCAAGGCUCAGCUGUCAAGUGGGCUGUGGCUAGUCCAGAAGGCAGUCCACGACCCAGCGAAACAGGAAAUAACAUGGACAGUGGGUGGGCUCUGGGAUUCUCAAGCAGCCGCAGCACGCCGCCCAACCUGGUGUCAUGCAACAUUUACAGCGAUAGGACCUUCAGUAGCCUGGGGUUGCCCCCUGCCCUCAAGUCCCCAUCGGAGCAGAGCUCCCAGGGUUGGGACAGUGGACUGGAGGGUACGGUAAACUUGCCUGGAGAUACGUAUAAUGCUGGGGUGGAAGAGGAGCUCCCACAGUCUGCACUAUCUCUACUGCAGCACUACAGGGGCUCCCUGAGAGGGAAUCUAGGACUGGAGGGGACAGCCAGCGUGACAGACGUGCUGAAGCAGCUACUGCAGGAGAGGGAGGACCUUCUGCAGGAGGUGCAAACUCUGAAGAGCACUUUAGAGAGAGAGCGAGGCGAGUGGCUGCAGUUCCAGUCUGACUUGCAGGUGGCAGUCAUGGUGGCUGACCGCCUGCGCCUUGAGGCAGAAGAAGAACUGGGCACUCUCAGAGACACCCAGAGGGACACAGAUCAGCGGCUGUCCACCGCACAGUGCAGGCAUGAUGAGGUGGCCAAGGAGCUGGAAGCCUUGAGGAACACUCAUGUAGAGACGUGCCAGAAACUGUCUGCCUUGAUGCUGAGCUACCAGCAGGUGGAAGGGGAGCUGGACUCACUAAGGAAGAGGGAGAAGGUUGUGAUGGGAUGGGAAAGAGGAAGUGUAGGGACACAAGGUGGACACAGAGCAGAGGGAGGGUGUGAGAGAGACAGGGUGACAGGGGAGGGCAGGGUCCAGGCUCUGGACAAUGCACACAACGAAGAGAGACCCGAACCUGAAGGCAAGGGUGCUAAGGUUGGACUCCUCCAGAGUGCAAAUGAAGAGAAGAAAGAAGAAGAGUGGCACAGUAAACGGGACCCCCGGAGAAUAGUUAUGAUGUCAGAGAGGUCUUGGAGCCUCUCUAGACUUCCUCUUCCAGGCAGCGCAUCCUGCUCUUCGAAUGGAAACUCUCAGACUGCUGCAGUGGAUGCACUCAACAAGGACCAAGACUUAACCCCAAGGAGAAGGCUGGAUCGGAGCUUGAAACGUCAGGAUAGCUGGUCAAGUUCAUAUACAAGUAAACAGGAGGAAGAAGCAUCUCUUAACCAUCACACCUUGCUGGGAGACCUGUCCUCCAUGACCAGCAGUAAAACCAGACCCCAAGAUGGGUUCAGUAUGCUGCUGCGUCGUCAUGGAGGCUCCAGACGGAACUCCCUUCUGCGCUGGUGUCAGAGUCGCACACAGGGCUAUGCAAACAUUGACAUCACCAACUUCAGCAGCAGCUGGGUAGAUGGCCUGGCUUUCUGUGCAGUGUACCACACCUACCUUCCCUCACAUAUCCCCUACUGCAGCCUGAAUCCAGAUGAUAAGGAGGAGAACCUGAAACUAGCCUUCGACACAGGGGAGAGUGUUGGGAUCCCUGCGACACUGACUGUGGAGGAGAUGCUGAGAAACACCGGCCCAGACUGGCAGAGGGUCCUGGGAUAUGUUGAAAGCAUGUAUCGUCACUUUGAAAUGUGACUCUGCAUUACUGUACAAAAUAUACCCUUUUAAAGCUAUAUAUAUACAGUAUAUACACACACGCUUUCCUUGUCCAUCAAACUGCCAGUCCAGCUCUGUAUAUUUAUGGCACACACACCUUUCACAACACUACCAGGGGCAGCUGGUAGCAUAGUGGUUACAGCUAUUGCCUGUUCCCUUAAAGGUUGCAGGAUUGAGCCACACCUUCAGCUGUACAUGCUUGAUCAAGGUACUUACUGUAAAUUACUCCAGUAAAAAUUACCCAGCUGUAUG